UUGACUUAUUUGGAGAAAGAUGGCGAAGAAGGGAAUGAAGCAAAUUCAAUCCGAUCGAAUUCACAUUUGACGUCCGCUAGGACGCGCUCUCUUUCUCUCUCCUCUCUCUUUCUCUCUCUAACGCUCAGAACGAAGAACAGAAGCGAAGGGAAAAAAAAAUGAAAAAACAACUCAGAGACAGAAGAAAGUCUGGGAGAGAAUAGAUACAGAGAAAGGCGACUUGGAAAGAACAGAGGAGAAAAAAACCCUAGGAGAAAAGAAAGAUUAUUUUAAUGGUUAAAGUAAGUGAAGAAGAGAGAAGAAGACAGAAGGGAAGAAGGAAAAUUGUUCUUAUUUCUUUUAUUUUUUUGAUUGUUUGUGUUUCAGUUUGUUCGGUCGAAAGUCGGAGUUUCAGAGCCUGUGGUUGCUGAAUUCCAACCCGGUGUAAGUCCUUCGAAUCUAGCUCUUCUUGCUAAGGUUCUGCAUUUGAUUGAAGAAGAUCGAUUUGUUUUCUCAUCCUUAGGAAGGGGACGGCUUUUUGUAUGAUGAUAUUACGUGGUUCUGUCAAUCGGGGGAUUCAUAAUUCAUUUGAAGUAUUGCAAUUGCUGGCCAGAGAUUGUUCCUUCUGUGGACUGCCGGAGUUUUAGAAUGUUCAGAAUCAAAGCUUGCUUCUCGGCUCUAGUUCUCUUCUUUCUUAUCCGCUGUUCACUACUUCUGAACACUAUUCGAUUAGACUCAAGGGUUCUACACUUCUAUUGGUGGAUAAUGAGAACCGUGAGGUCUGAAGUACUGGAUGUGAGGGUAACAAACCUGCUGGGUUGAGCGAGACCUAUGGUAUUGUGGUCUUUGUUGCCUAACUGCUGUUCUCUUUGUAUCUUGUGGGGCUAAUCUGUAAUUCAUGCCGUUCUGAGCUACAUUUCCUGACUGUGGUGUAAGUUGAAGUUUGUGCUUGCACUUUCACGAAGAUGGUGCCAUCGGGACCUCCGGCUCCCAUUGGUGGUGCCCAGUCUGUCGCAUCUUCGAUGCUACGUUCAAACUCUGGCAUUCUGGGAGCUCAAGGGGGUCCAGUCCCUUCACAGACAACAUUUCCUUCUCUCGUCUCACCACGCACUCAGUAUAACAACAUGAACUUGCUUGGUAACAUGCCUAAUGUUUCUUCCCUCCUCAAUCAGUCUUAUGGUAAUGGUGGUUCAAACUCUGGGCUUUCUGCUACGGGGGGUCUCCAUCGUGGGGGUGUUGAUGCAGGGGCUGAGUCUGAUCCACUUACUGGCGUAGGCAAUGGCAUGGGUUUUACGUCACCUGCGACAUUUGCAUCAUCAAACACAACAAAUCCUGGUUCGUCUGGUCAAGGCCAAGGACAGCAAUUCUCAAACCCUUCUGGAAAUCAGCUGACACCGGAUCAACAGCAGCCUCAACAACUUGAGUCUCAGAAUUUCCAGCACAGCCAGCAGUCACUACAGCAAUUCUCUGUUCCUCACAGCCAGCAACAGCAGCAGCAAUAUCAAUCAAUUCGGGGUGGGCUGGGCAAUGUUGGCCCUGUCAAGUUGGAGCCGCAGAUGGCUAGUGAUCAGAAUGGUCAACCGCAACAGCUGCAGUCGUUGCGAAACUUGGGUCCAGUGAAGUUGGAACCACAACAAAUCCAGACUUUGAGAAAUCUGGGGCCGGUCAAAAUGGAGCCACAACAUUCAGAUCAGUCCUUGUUUCUUCAGCAGCAACAGCAGCAGCAACAGUUCCUUCAAAUGUCCAGGCAGACUUCUCAGGCUGCUGCUGCCCAGAUUAAUCUUUUGCAACAACAACGGCUAUUGCAGCUUCAACAGCAGCAGCAGCAGCAACAACAACAACUCCUCAAAUCACUCCCGCAGCAACGAUCCCAGUUACACCAGCAGUUUCAACAGCAGAAUUUGCCUGUAAGAUCUGCAACUAAACCUACCUAUGAACCUGGGACAUGUGCUCGUCGACUGACGCACUACAUGUAUCAUCAACAACAUAGACCUGCUGAUAACAACAUUGAAUUCUGGAGGAAAUUUGUGGCUGAGUAUUUUGCACCCAAUGCCAAGAAAAGGUGGUGUGUUUCUCUGUAUGGAAGUGGUCGGCAAACAACUGGUGUUUUUCCUCAGGAUGUAUGGCACUGUGAAAUAUGCAAUCGCAAGCCUGGCCGGGGUUUUGAAACGACUGUAGAAGUUUUACCUAGACUGUGCAAAAUCAAGUAUGAUAGUGGCACAUUGGAAGAACUUCUUUAUGUUGAUAUGCCUCGUGAAUAUCAGAAUGCACAAGGUCAAAUUGUCCUGGACUAUGGAAAAGCAAUACAGGAGAGUGUAUUUGAGCAAUUACGUGUAGUUCGUGAUGGUCAACUUCGGAUUGUUUUUUCUCAAGAUUUAAAGAUUUGCUCCUGGGAAUUUUGUGCUCGGCGUCAUGAGGAGCUAAUCCCUCGGAGGUUGAUCAUACCUCAGGUUAGUCAGCUUGGGGCAGCAGCUCAGAAAUAUCAGUCUGCUACUCAAAAUGCAUCAUCCAACUUAUCUACCCAGGAGCUGCAGAAUAACUGCAAUAUGUUUGUUGCAUCAGCUCGUCAAUUGGCAAAAGCUUUGGAGGUGCCUUUAGUAAAUGAUUUAGGAUAUACAAAGAGAUAUGUACGAUGCCUUCAGAUCUCCGAGGUUGUUAAUAGCAUGAAAGAUUUGAUUGAUUAUAGCCGUGAAACAGGGACUGGACCUAUGGAGAGCCUCAUCAACUUCCCUAGGAGGACCAAUCCUUCAUCUGCACUCCAGAAUCAAGGUCAACAGUCUGAGCAGCAGCAGCAACAACAACAGCAGCAGCAGCAGCAAACCAUGGCACAGAUCUCUAUCAAUGACCAGAGUUCCGUUCAGGCUGCCAUGCAGCUUGCUGCUAGCAAUGGUGGUGUCAGUGUAAAUAACUCCCUCAACACAGCAUCGACAACCACUACUGCAAAUACCAUUGCUGGACUUCUCCACCAGAACCCCAUGAAUUCUAGGCAGGAAAAUCCAAUGAACAAUGCCAACAGUCCAUAUGGUGGGAAUCCAGUUCAAAUCCCAUCUGCUGGCUCCUCAAGUUCACUACCAGUGGCUCAGCCCAACCCGUCUUCCCCAUUUCCAUCGUCAACACCCUCAACCUCUAACAAUGGGCCACAAACUUCUCAUACUGCCUUACCAGCAACAACCACCACCAACCACAUGAGUUCUGCAAACUCGCCAGCCACUAUUUCCAUGCAACAACCGACUCAGUCCAAUGAGCCCGAUCCAAAUGAUACCCAAAGCUCUGUCCAGCAGAUCAUACAAGAAAUGAUGAUGACUUCCCAACUAAAUGGAGGUGGUAGCAUGGUUGGUGUUGGUUCUUUGGGGAAUGACAUGAAAAACAUUAAUGGUAUCACACAGACAAGCAACAAUGUAGCUCUCAGUGGUGGGAAUUGCUUAGUAGGAAAUGGAAUUGCUAGCAGCUCAAGCAUGGGUAGCAUGGGCUUUGGUAGCAUGGGUGUUGGAAUUGGUCAAAACACCAUGGGUGGUGGAAUGAGAGCUGCCAUGAACAAUAAUUCCAUGGCAUUGAAUGGAAGGAUAGGCAUGCCACCAAUGCCUCAGGACCCAAGCAUGAACCAUCAGCAACAGGAUUUGGGGAACCGGCUGUUAAGUGGGCUUGGAGCAGUAAACAGCUUCAAUAAUCUCCAAUUCGACUGGAAACCAUCUCCUUAGGAAAGGCCUGUUGAUCUUAUUGGUGUGUUUGUGUUGAUAACUAGUGCUGCUGGAGCUGCUACUGUGUUUUAAAUUCAUGAUAAAUUCUUCUGGAGCAGUGCGAGAAAUCUGGGGGGUGGAGCCUGCCUGCCACGGUGUUUUAUGAGUACUGAAGACCAUCACGCCAUAGUCUCGGAGCUUUCCCUCCAGAGUUUGUACUAAUUUCAGGAAAAGGGGAACAGAACAUAUAGCUUAGCCUUUGCCAUUCAAACGAUACACGUAUAUCCUUCCCCUUUCACCUCAGUUUUCUUCCGACUCGUCUUCCUGGUAUGUAAGAGGGCUCCUUUUGUCAAGUCUGUUUUAUUGUAUGGUUCCAAUAUAUAGCUUCUUAUCCCCACUAACACCCUCAAAAUGGGAAAAUUAUCAAGGCGAUAUUCUUUCGGUUUCGGAUGUGUAUUUCUACUUAGCCCUUUUGGGGGCCAUUUGUAACUAGCAUGUCCUGUCCUUGGAGUGGUUUCAUCUC